GUUCACUGCCACUGUGAACGACCAUCUUUGAACAGAGGAAAUCAAAUGAUAGGGUGGGGCUAGGUUUCACAGCGGGUUCACGCAAAACCUUGGCUAAUUGUGACCUACACCCGUUUUCACAACUUGGCACGUGUGAUUAGGUAGAAAAUCAACAGGGGGUUCAUGACCCCCUUGGAGGACACUCCCCUAGGACUUAAAUCUGGGACUCUCCACCAUUUGACCUUAGAACUCAAGAAGCUUCUCAGAUAAGAGGUGAAAUGUCCUCAAGGAACUUAAAGAAGUCCAGAUGCUUUUCUUUCCAAGCUCUUUAGACUACCAUGACCUAGAUGACUGAGAACCUUCACAGACUUAUUUCACGCAAACACCACAUGAGGCCACAACAUGAAAUUGCUAUUGACAAUGGAAACAGUGCCUAUAUGUAUUUUUGUAGACUUUUGAAUAUGAUAUAUUCUGAUGCUGCCUGUGGUUUCCUGACAGUAAAUAUAACAAGUAUGAAAACUACAUUUACAUAUAACUCAGAUAGGUGUAGUUUUCACAGUCACAGUAUUCAGGUUCUUCAUCAUGGCUGGACAUCUGCUGUUUGUCAUCCUCAUCUAUUUCUUUGAUGAUAUCAAAGCACAAGCCUUUAAUCUGCCAAAAGUGAUUCUGAGUAAAUCCCUGAUCACAGAGACAGACUCAGUCACAGUGAGCUGUGAAGCUCCAUCAUCUAUUUCUGUGUCUCAGUGUAAUUUCUACAUUGCAAGUCAAACAGUGUCUACAGGUUCCUCCUGUGUGCAGACACUAACAGGGACUAUGCUGCUGAGGAUGGCUCGAAAGACUUUACCUGCUGCGGUUGAAGUUAGAUGUGCUUAUGUUGCAAAGCGUGAUGGGUCUUAUUUAACAUCUCUUGACAGUGAACCAUCUACCAUCGCCAUAAAUGCCCUUCUUCCUCCUAAACUGAAAGUGAGACCACAGGUGAUCACAGAGACAGACUCAGUCAUACUGGACUGUGAGACUCCACCAUCUGUUUCUAUAUCUGAUUGUUAUUUUCGCACUUCAGGACAACAACUUGCCAAGAAAUUUUCUUGUUUGCAGAAACUGAAUGGAUCUGAAAUCCUAUCACUUGCACAUCAAAGUGCACCUGUUACAUUAAAAGUGACCUGUUUUUACCUUUUUAUAUAUCAGUCUCCAAUGAGUAAUGUGUCUCCACUCACCAUAAGAUCUUUUCUCCAACCUACACUGACAGUGAGUAGAUCAGCUAUCACAGAGAUGGAUUCAGUCACACUGAACUGUGAGGCUCCAUCUUCGGUUUCAGAGUGUUAUUUCUACACUUCGAGUAAAGGAACUGUUAGAAAGUUGUCCUGUCUGACACAACAGACAGCAACUGAACUUCUGGAGAUGGCCGGUGUCAGACCACCUGCAGAGAUUAAAGUGAGUUGUUCUUACACGCCCCAGACAGGAGGGUCAAACUCUUUUUACAGUGACUCUUCCUCCAUCAUCAUCAAAACUCCCCUUCCACCUAAACUCAUUAUUAAUCCACCAGUGAUCACAGAGACAGAGUCAGUCACACUGAACUGUGAGACUCCUUCAUCUGUUUCUGUGCCUGAAUGUUAUUUCUACACUUUGAGUGGAGGGACGGUGAAAGGGUUUUCCUGUCUAACAACACUGACAGCAACCACGCUGCUGGAGAUGGCAAAUCUCAGGACACCUGCUGAAAUUAAAGUGAUCUGUUUUUACACUGCACAACCUGGAGAGUUAAAGUCUCGGAACAGUAGCACGUCGACCAUUACAGUACAAAGGGGAAAUAUAAAGAAUGGAAAAAGAACCAUGGAUUUAGUAACCAUCUUUCCGGGUGACAAAACUGGAAUGCCCAUAACGCCAACUUCAGAGAAACAUGUAUCAGACAGACAGCAUCUGUAUAUACCCAUUUCUUCAGAUAACACACAUCCAAUGGAUCCAUCACCACAAGAUGAAAAAACCGGGACGCUGCUGAUAACUGUAAUUGUUGUGAGUUGUUCCGGAGUAGCUGUGGCCUUCAUCGUCAUGGGAUUUUUACUUCUCUACACUCAAAGAAGAGCUGAGUGAAGAAUGCCAACAGAGGCACCUCAGAGAAAUUAUGGGUGUCAUUUCAAAAGAAUACAGUGUUGACAAUGGGAUUAAUUAUGAAGUUAAACAUUUUAUUACUGUCAGCUUUUGUGUGUGUUUUUUAUAAUUUACAUUUCAUUUAAAGUUUGAUCCCCAAAUGGUUUCAUGUUGACACAGAGAUGCAAAUUAACUAUAAAGAAAUAAAUAGUGUGUUCAAACAAGAUGAUAAAACCAAUAAAAAGUAAAUUAUCUAUAAAUAAUAAAAUAAUAACUAUUUUAGAGCUCACUGAUGUUGUUUUUGUCCUUAAAAACAAAAUAAACAUAUUGUAAGAACUCCAGCAAGAGAGAGAGUGUAAAUUAUUGGUCAGAUUGUCUGUAUACUUCUCUCAUUAUGUUUUUUUCCUUUGUUUUUGUUUCGUUUGUGGCUGCUAUGGACUGGAUUGCACAGCCACAUCUUUAAUUUUAGUUAAUAUCAUCAGUGUAGCAUUUGCAGUUGUUUUAAGGUUUCUAAUAACAAAUAGUUUUUAGAUGGUAUUUUUGAUGUUCUUAUGUAGACUCACUCUUUCUCUCUGUAGGCAUAAGAAAUGAAACAGGAAGGGUAAUGUGACAUGUACUGUUGCACUAACUUUGAAGCCCUAGCCUAAAAAUGACUCCCACAGACCCUAAAACACAUUUAAUGCAGUUCUUUUCAGCAUUUGAUGCUAAUCUGAAUAAACACACAUACAGAAUUAGACUGCUUAACUGGUAAGACAGAAAUGAAACUGAUAUUGACGUCUGUCUUUUUAGUUUAUUUCACUGGUUCUGAAUCUGCACCAGUUGGUCUGUACUAAAAUGAAUAAAUCUAAAUAUACAACAUGAUGGGGGGUUUACAGAGGAAGACUAAAUGUGUUUUUGUGGUUAUUGUAUUUUGAUGCUGUUCUGGUUUCCUGACAUGUAUAAAGUGUCGACAAAAUGUGAUUGUUAAAGUCAGGUAGAUGUAGUGUUUGGAGGUAUUCCUCUCAGUUGUAGUAAUCUGCCGUUUGCCAUCUUCCUCUCUAUGCUGAACUCUUCUGUCAUAUACAUUGUUUAAUUGUUCAUACUGCUACUUAACCUCAAUUAAAACACGAUGCCUUAAUUAAUUAACCUUCCAGCAAUCGAUAUUAUUAUUAGUGGAUUUAUUUAAUUUGUUGACUAUUUGUUUCUCCAACAGAUUAUUUUUGUGAGAAGUUACAUUUGAUGAAUCUAAUAUGUGUUUUAAUGGUUUUAGUGGUUAUCUUUAUUGACAACUGACAUUGUUGGACACCAGCAUCUGCCUCAGUAUUUCAGUGCUAUUUUGAUACUGGAGAGAAAUAAACUACUAAAGGCUGGCAUUAAAGUGUUUUGAUGUACAUGAUAUGAAAAUGUAAAAGAAAAAGAAAUAGCAAACAAACAUGUAAACUGUUUUGUACAAUUGACAAAGAGUUCAUCUAAAUAUAUUUGUCACGUUCCCCCGUGCGCUGUUUGGAUGAGUGUGUUUUUUAUAUUCUAGAGUCUGAGUGUGUCAGAGGUCUCCGCCCGAUUGGCCACAUGUCAAAUCUUUCACCUGAGCCGUUGGAUUAGUUCCCAUUGGGGUUUAAAAGCUUGGAUCUUCUCAGGCACUGCCAGAUUGUUGCACUGCAUGUUGUGAAGGAAGUCUGGAUCCAAACUAUUGCUUCUCUGUUGUUGCCUUGUUAUCAUUGUUCGCUUUACUUUUUCUUUGUCCAGAAACCCACCCCUGAGGAGAAACUGUGCGAGAGGAUUUUAUCUGGAAACACACGAGGGAGAGUCAACCACUGAAUUAUUGAUAAUUCACCUUUUUACCAACAUGUUUCUGAGGAAAAGCCUGUUGCCAGCCUAUUGAAUAAUUCCUUCUUUUUAAUCUUACCGCUGUGCUCUGUGCAUGUGUCCAGGUUUCCAUACAGCUAGUUUUAUGAGUUGAGGGUUAAAAAGAGUGUGCCAGAACAGGUCUAUUUGAAGAGUGUCUUUCUGUGGCCACCUAAUGUUUACAUCAGAAUAGUCAGAGUAGUUUUAGUUUGUACAUUCACAUCAUUCAUUUUAAUAUGGCUGCUGCUAGUGGUCUUUAUGUGUUAGUGCAUUGUUGUUUAUCUUUUGUCUUUUUCCUAUUUUACUUGUGAGGUUCGUUUUGUUGCUUUGCUUUGAUUUCCAGCUUUUAUCUAUAAUCAUCUUCUCUGCUCUGCUCUCAUUGGUUUCACCUCAGUUUAUUUUUACCCGAGUUCACUGGGCCUAUUUGUGUAUCUAGUGUUGUCUUGUCUUGUGUUGUCUUCUACAAGAGCCUUGCUUCACCCACAACCUGUUCUAGCUUUCUUUAAAAACAAGUUUUUUCUGAAUGGCUGAACAUAACAAUGAUGAGAUUUGAACAGCAGGUAGGAGGAGCGUCUAUCUUUUAAGGCAAAACUCUUUUACUUUAUAUGGUCUCAUUUUAGACAAGUUAUUUAUAAUUCUAUUGGUCCAUUUAUUCUCAUGUAUUGAGGUUGUUGCUAUGCCUUGCAAGAAAAAAAUAUGGCAUAGGCAUUCAUGGUUUAUAGUAAUGAGACCUCUGCUGUAUAGUUUAUAUGAACUCUAGCUCACCUGUAGCUAUCUGUAUGCUAAAAUGCAUUUUUACUUGAAAGUAAGUUUUGUAAUGGCUGGUGAACAAACACAAAAACUUUUAAUAUAGGUGAGAGUCAGAGCAGACAGACUGUUGUAGUCUGUUCUGCACAUUAACAUUGUGCUUUUUAUCAUGGCUAAUCUCCUGCUGCUAGUCGUUCUGCGUACCAACAGUGAGUAAAUACUACUGCAUUAGUAUGAGGAAGUUUGGCUACUGUAUCAGCACAAAAACAAAGCUGCUCUCAACUUUGGUUGUGAGAGGUGUGUGGAAAAUUUUCAUGUGCAUGGGGUAUUUUUUAUAAAAAAAAAAAAAAUCCACUCAGAGCAGUUUCUAUUAAUACAUUUUAUUUUCAAGUAAAUUAUAAAUUAGCUUAUAUUGCUUCUAUAUAUUGACUGUUUCUUUUUUAGCUCCUCAGCCUGAACUGACUGCGGAUCCACAGAUGAUCACUGAGAGAGACUCAGUCAUCGUGAACUCCAUCAUCUGUUUCUGUGACUCAGUUUUAUUUAUACUUGAGAAAUUCUGUCUCCUGUCAGCACACACAGAUUUCACCUGUUGAUGUUGAAGCGGCAUGCUGUUAAACUUCAGCCCACAAAAAGAGAUAAUAUCAUUCUCCUCACAGUAACAUAUCCUUCAUUAGCAUACAAAGUAGGCGAUCAUACUGCUUUUCUUGUUGUUGUUUAUUCUUUCAGGAUCAUAUGUUGUGUUCUCAGUUUUGUCAUUUAAGUGAAUAAGAACCUCUUACAUGUAAAACAUCAAAACAAAAUAAAUAAUGAAGGAACAUGUAUAUUAUUCUGUGUCAGUUACCCAACACGGUAUCAGAGUUUAUUUAAAUUCAUUAUAAUUUAAUGUUCAGCAAAUGUUUACACAUUUUAGCUUUUUGGCGUGAACUCACAGUGAAUCUAUGGGUGAUCACUGAAAAAGACUGUCAACUGUCAGACUCCAUUAUUUGUUUCUGUGUCUGAAUGCUUUUUGUUUUCUAUCAUCGUCUCUUU